GGGAACACCGCCCCGCGGCUCCGCGCACCGCCCCGCGCUUCGGAGCGCAGCUGGGAGCGCGGCACCGCGCAUCGCACCGCGGCACCGGGCACCGCACCGCGGCCAGCCGGCACCGCUCCGCACCGCUCCGCACCGCUCCGCACCGCUCCGCGCCCGGCCGCGCACCAUGGCUCUGCUGCUGCAGCUCCGCACCGUCUCCGGCCUCCGCGGCAAAGCCGACCGCAUCGCCAAAGCGGCUUUCCGAGGGCUCUCCUUCUACACCCGAGUGCUUGAAAACUGCGAGGACGAGGCCAGGUUUGAUGAGACCUUCCGCUGGCCAGUGGCAAGCAAUAUUGAUGGGAAUGAGAUCCUGGAGAUCCAGGUGUUCAACUACAGCAAAGUCUUCACCAACAGGCUUAUUGGCACUUUCCGGAUGGUCCUGCAAAAGGUGGUGGAGGAAGGGCAGGUAGAGGUGACGGACACGCUCAUAGACGACAAUAAUUCAGCCAUUCAGACCAGCAUCUCCAUAGAGAUCAGGUACCAGGCUCUGGACGGGACAGUGGGUGCGUGGAAUGACAAGGAGUUCUUGGAGACCCCCAGCAUGCACUCAGAAGGGGAUGGCAGGUACCCCUUAGAGACAGACAGCCUCCUCUCCAGCCACCGGCAGGGCUCAGACGUCUCUCCAGGCAAAUCCAAGCAGCAGUCCGCAGAGAGGAGCUUCAGAAGGAUGGAAGAGGACGAGAUGUAUUACCACAGUGAAGAUGAACUUCUGGGAGAGGGGGACACCCUUAGCCAGGGAUCCCUCAACACGAGCCUUGGAGAUGAUGCAGGAGAAGAGCAGCACACCAGGAUUAAGUAUAACGAUGGAUACAAGUCAGUAGCAAGCGAAGACCCUGAAGAUCCCAGAGCUAAGGCUAAAGGGAAAGAGAAAAGACAUCUCGUGUUACCAUUCAGCAAAGGCAAAGAGAAGACGAAGGAGCACAAAGCCGGGAAAGGAGUUUUUUCAGCCAUGAAGCUUGGCAAGACGCGCCCUCCAAAGGAUGACCAUCGGAAACAAGAUGAACCCGCUGUUUUGGAGGCAGAAGACCUGGACCGAAAAGCCAUGAGACAGGGAGGCAGACUGGAGCCGGACACCAUCUCCUUGGCCUCCGUCACAGCUGUCACCACCAAUGUCUCGAACAAGAGGUCCAAGCCUGACAUCAAAAUGGAGCCGAGUGCUGGGAGGCCAAUGGAUUACCAGGUCAGCAUCACCAUCAUCGAGGCCCGGCAGCUUGUUGGGCUUAACAUGGACCCCGUGGUCUGCGUGGAGGUUGGAGACGAAAAGAAAUACACAUCCAUGAAGGAAUCGACCAAUUGCCCUUACUACAAUGAGUACUUCGUCUUUGAUUUCCACGUCCCCCCAGAUGUCAUGUUCGACAAGAUCAUCAAGUUGUCUGUGAUCCACUCAAAAAACCUCUUGCGCAGUGGGACGUUGGUAGGCUCCUUCAAGAUGGACGUUGGAACUGUUUAUACCCAACCUGAGCACCAGUUCUACCACAAAUGGGCCAUCCUUUCUGACCCUGAGGAUCUCACCGCUGGGCUGAAAGGUUACCUGAAGUGUGACAUCGCUGUGGUAGGGAAAGGGGACAACAUCAAGACACCCCACAAAGCCAACGAGACAGAAGAGGACGAUAUUGAAGGGAACCUCCUCCUCCCAGACGGGGUCCCUCCGGAGAGGCAGUGGGCUCGUUUCUACAUCAAGAUCUAUCGAGCGGAGGGACUGCCCCGUAUGAACACCAGCAUCAUGGCCAAUGUGAAGAAGGCUUUCAUUGGGGAGAACAAGGACUUGGUAGACCCCUAUGUGCAGGUGGUCUUUGCAGGGCAGAAGGGGAAGACAUCCAUACAAAAAAGCAGCUAUGAGCCUCUCUGGAAUGAGCAAAUAGUCUUCACAGAAAUGUUCCCCCCAUUGUGCAAGCGGAUAAAGAUCCAGAUCCGAGACUCAGACAAAGUCAAUGAUGUGGCCAUCGGUACCCAUUUCAUUGAUUUGCGGAAGAUCUCUAACGAAGGAGACAAAGGCUUCCUGCCCACCUUUGGCCCCGCGUGGGUGAACAUGUACGGCUCCACUCGGAACUACACCCUGAUGGACGAGCACCAAGAGUUGAACGAGGGGCUGGGUGAAGGCGUCUCCUUCCGGGCCAGGCUUUUGAUGAGCCUCGCCGUGGAGAUCUUGGACACCAGCAACCCAGAGAUCAACAGCUCCACCGAGGUGCAAGUCGAGCAGGCCACGUCGAUUGCUGACAACUGCACUGGGAAGAUGGAGGAGUUCUUUCUCUUUGGAGCCUUCCUGGAAGCUACCAUGAUCGACAGGAAGAUUGGUGACAAACCCAUCAACUUCGAAGUCACAAUAGGUAACUACGGGAACCAGAUCGAUGGCAUGGCCAAACCCAUCCUACGGAGGAAGAAAGAGGGAGGGGAUGGUGAUGAGGAGGAGUCUGAGCUGCUUCAGAACUCAAGUGAGGAUGAAGGUGAUGAGGAUGGAGAGCUGGUCUCUGUUUCUUCAACUCAACCCGUGAAGCCCCUGGUCACAGACAGGAACUACUUCCACCUGCCAUACUUUGAGAAGAAGCCCUGCAUCUAUAUCAAGAGCUGGUGGCAGGACCAGCGCCGCAGAUUGUACAAUGCCAACAUCAUGGACAAGAUUGCGGACAAGCUGGAGGAAGGGCUCAACGACGUGCAGGAAAUGAUCAAGACGGAGAAGCCGCACCCGGAGCGCCGGCUCCGAGGGGUCCUGGAGGAGCUGAGCAGUGGGUGCUUGCGCUUCGUGAUGUUGGCUGACAAAGACCAGCACCACUCUUCCCGCACGAGGCUGGACCGGGAGAGACUCAAGUCCUGCAUGCGGGAGCUGGAGAACAUGGGGCAGCAAGCCACGACUCUGCGGUCGCAGGUGAAGAAGAACACCGUGAAAGACAAGCUGAAGCUGGUGCAAAACUUCCUGCAGAAACUCCGGUUCUUGGCAGACGAGCCCCAGCACACUAUUCCUGACAUCUUCAUCUGGAUGAUGAGCAACAACAAGCGCAUUGCCUACGCCCGUGUCCCUUCCAAGGAUAUCCUCUACUCCAUUGUGGAUGAGGAGAUGGGCAAGGACUGCGCCAAAGUGAAGACCAUCUUCCUCAAGCUGCCUGGGAAAAGGGGCUUUGGACCUGCUGGCUGGACAGUUCAGGCCAAGAUGGAGAUGUACUUGUGGCUGGGUCUCAACAAACAGCGUAAAGACUUCUUGAGUGGCCUGCCCUGUGGCUUUGAGGAGAAGAAGACCACCAGAGGCCAAAACCUGCCGUCCUUCCCACCCAUCAGCCUCCUUUACACCAAGAAGCAGGUUUUCCAGCUGCGAGCCCACAUGUACCAAGCCAGGAGUUUAUUUGCAGCUGACAGCAGUGGCCUUUCGGACCCCUUUGCACGAGUCUUCUUCAUCUCCCAGAGCCAAUGCACCGAGGUUCUCAAUGAGACCCUUUGCCCAACCUGGGACCAGCUGCUGGUCUUUGACAAUGUGGAGCUGUAUGGAGAAGCCCAUGAGAUGCGGGAUGACCCUCCCAUAAUUGUCAUUGAGAUCUAUGACCAGGACACAGUGGGCAAAGCUGACUUCAUGGGCCGCACCUUUGCCAAACCGGUGGUGAAGAUGUCGGAUGAGCACUACUGCCCGCCGCGCUUCCCCCCGCAGCUGGAGUACUACCAGAUCUACCGGGGCAACUCCACCGCCGGUGACCUGCUGGCUGCCUUCGAGCUGCUCCAGAUUGGCCCUGGGGGCAAGUCAGACCUGCCCCCAGUCGAUGGACCCACAGACAUGGACCGGGGCCCCAUCCUGCCAGUGCCACUGGGGAUUCGGCCAGUGCUGAGUAAAUACAGAGUGGAGAUCUUGUUCUGGGGGCUCAGGGAUCUGAAGAGAGUGAACCUGGCCCAGGUGGACCGGCCCCGUGUGGACAUUGAGUGUGCUGGGAAGGGGGUCCAGUCAGCCCUCAUCCAGAACUACAAGAAAAACCCCAACUUCAGCACUUUGGUCAAGUGGUUUGAAGUGGACCUCCCAGAAAAUGAGCUGCUCCAUCCACCCCUCAACAUCCGUGUGGUGGACUGCCGGGCUUUUGGGCGUUACACCCUGGUGGGGUCCCACGCUGUCAGCUCCCUCCGAAAGUUCAUCUACCGCCCACCAGAUAAGAAUGCCCAGCACUGGAAUAUGACAGCAAAACACCUCAAUGGCUACCUGGCAAUGGCCAACGGGGCCCAUCGCUCUCGCCCCACAGGGGAGAUCGUUGUCAAUAUGGAACCUGAGGUUCCCAUCAAGAAGAUGGAGACGAUGGUGAAGCUGGAAGCUAACUCCGAUGCAGUGGUGAAGGUGGACGUGUCUGAGGAAGAGAAGGAGAAAAAGAAAAAGAAGAAGAAAGGAGGAGGAGGAGAGGAAGUAGAAGAGGAGGAGCCGGACGAGAGCAUGCUGGACUGGUGGUCCAAGUAUUUUGCUUCAAUUGAGACUAUGAAGGAGCAACUCCGGCAGCAAGAAGCGGCUGCAGCCGAAGCGGAGGAGAAGGAAGAAAUGGAGAUUGCAGAGGAAAUCAAACUUGAUGACUCUCCCAUGAAAGGCUCCAAGGGUCAGGCAAAGAACAAGGAGAAGUCCAAGACGCCCAAAGACGAUAAGAAGAAGAAGCAACAGUCAGCCCCCGAGCUUCCGGAGAAGAAGAACAAGCAGAAGAUUGACGAACUGAAGGUCUUCAACAAAGAGCUGGAAGCAGAGUUUGAUAACUUUGAGGACUGGCUGCACACCUUCAACCUGCUCCGUGGGAAGAUUGGGGACAAUGAUGACAAUGCAACAGAAGAAGAACGGAUAGUGGGAAGGUUCAAAGGCUCCAUGUGUGUCUACAAAGUGCCGCUCCCUGAUGAUAUCACCAAGGAGGCAGGAUACGACCCCAACUUCGGCAUGUUCCAGGGGAUCCCCAGCAAUGACCCCAUCAAUGUGCUGGUCCGAGUCUAUAUUGUGCGGGCCACGGACCUUCACCCAGCUGACAUCAAUGGGAAAGCCGACCCCUAUAUUGCCAUCAGGCUGGGGAAGACGGACAUCAAAGACAAGGAGAACUACAUCUCCAAGCAGUUGAACCCUGUCUUUGGAAAAUCCUUCGACAUCGAGGCCACCUUCCCCAUGGAGUCCAUGCUGACAGUGGCGGUGUACGACUGGGACUUGGUGGGGACUGACGACCUCAUUGGAGAGACCAAGAUUGAUCUGGAGAACCGCUACUACAGCAAGCACCGAGCUACUUGCGGGGUGUCACAGACUUACUCCAUACAUGGUUAUAACACCUGGCGUGACCCCAUGAAGCCCUCCCAAAUCCUGUCCAAGCUGUGCAAAGAGGGCAAGGUGGAUGGGCCGCACUUUGGGCCAGGAGGAAGAGUGAAAGUUGCCAACAGGGUCUUCACCGGCCCCACGGAGAUUGAGGAUGAAAAUGGUCAGAAGAAGCAGACAGAUGAACACCUGGCCCUGACUGUGCUGCGCCACUGGGAGGACAUCCCACGGGCGGGCUGCAAGCUGGUUCCCGAGCACGUGGAGACGCGUCCGCUGCUGAACCCUGACAAGCCGGGCAUCGAGCAGGGUCGCCUGGAGAUGUGGGUGGACAUGUUCCCCAUGGACAUGCCAGCGCCUGGCCCUGCCACUGAUAUUUCCCCCAGGAAACCGAAGAAAUAUGAGCUUAGAGUGAUAGUGUGGAACACAGACGAGGUCAUCCUGGAGGACGAUGACUACUUCACUGGCGAGAAAUCCAGUGACAUUUUUGUCAGGGGCUUUGAACUGCGGGUUAUUAUCUGGAACACCGAUGAGGUGGUUUUGGAAGAUGAUGCUUUCCUGGCGGGAGAGAAGAUGUCUGACAUCUAUGUCAGGGGGUGGCUGAAGGGUCAGCAGGAGGACAAGCAAGACACGGACGUCCAUUACCACUCGCUCACUGGUGAAGGCAACUUCAACUGGCGCUACAUCUUCCCCUUUGACUACCUGAUGGCGGAGGAGAAGAUCGUCAUCUCCAAGAAGGAGUCGAUGUUCUCCUGGGAUGAGACCGAGUACAAGAUCCCAGCUCGCCUCACCCUGCAGGUCUGGGAUGCUGACCACUUCUCUGCCGAUGAUUUCCUCGGGGCCAUCGAGCUGGACCUGAACCGCUUCCCCCGGGGAGCCAAGACAUCGAAACAGUGCAGCCUGGAGAUGGUGACGAACGAGGCAGAGCUGCCCAUGGUCUCCAUCUUCAAGCAGAAGCGGGUGAAGGGCUGGUGGCCGUUCGUGGCCAGAGAUGAGAAUGAUGAGCUGGAGGUCACCGGGAAAGUCGAGGCUGAACUGCACCUUCUGACAGCAGAGGAGGCAGAGAAAUCCCCCGCCGGGCUGGCUCGCAAUGAGCCUGAUCCACUGGAGAAACCCAACCGCCCGGACACGUCCUUCAUCUGGUUCCUGAACCCGCUCAAGUCCAUCAAAUACCUCAUCUGCACGCGCUACAAGUGGCUUAUCAUCAAAAUCGUGCUGGCCCUGUUGCUCCUCAUCAUGAUCGCCCUCUUCCUCUACAGCAUGCCAGGCUACAUGGUCAAGAAGCUGCUGGGAGCAUGAAGCAUGGGACCCUCCCCCAUGUCCCCAGCCCCGUGGCACAACCUUCCCUGGCCCCAUGCCCUUCUCCUCCCCGCAGCCUCUCAGCAGCUUCUGGGGACAUCUCCUCUUUCGCAUUCCUCCUCUAUGGGUCCCCUUCGUGACUUUAGUCCCAGAGAAAUGGGGCUGGAGGAUGGCGUCGAUCACAAGGCUGUGCAUCCCUCACCGGGGCACCCAGGCUGGGAGUCUCGGAGCCCUCCCAGGGAGCUCAGCCCCCGGCCCCGGGGGAAAGGGAGGGAGAGCUGGGGCCGGGGCCAUGGGAGCGCUCCCGAAAGGCUCCUUGGAGAGACUUCAGGAACAAGGGUGAAGCAGGGACCUGGGACAGCUGGAGACACGCCAGCCCCACCAGUGUGGGGACGGCACCGAGCGGCCCCAACACCCGUUCCCGCUGCCAACACUGUCCCCGCUCCACUCCUAGCUCUGGAGGUCACUGCAUCCCGGUGCAGGGACCCAUCCCACACGGGGGAACACCAGGCAUCAUGUGCCCCAGCAGCUGCCAAGGCCCUGCAGAGAGCCCUGGGGCUGUGCAAGGGGACUCCCUGCCCUUCCCUCCCCACGGCUCUGUCAGAGGCAGGGAAGUGUCCAGCCGCUCAAACAUCUUCCUAAGGUUACCAGCCCAGAGGUGGUGGGGUGGCCGGACAUCCCUGGGGGCUCACAGGGAGCCAGGUUUUCUCACACAGUGUGAGCUCCCUGUGGUCUUCUUGAUUCUCGGUUUAUUUUGUGUGGAUUGGUAUAUACUGCGGCUGGAGACUUUCUUGCCAUGUAUAUUAGGGAAGGGCUCUUUUCUCAGCUCACUACAAUAUUCAGCUGUUGAAAUGUCACCUUUCUCAGCUUCAAGUGUGCAAGACCCUCACUGAAUAAUUGAAGAGAUCUCGGGGAUGUUUUUAAGACGCUACCAUUUUAAUCGAUCAAUAAAGGGUGGGUUUCCCUGA